AUGCAGAAGGCCUUUGUGAGAGACAUGAAGCACCCCACCCUCCGCCAGGGUUACAUCCCAAUCCCAGUCUGCCAUGAAGGCGCAGACCUCCGUCAGCAACAGCAACACCCAUGUUUCUCCUACAUCCAGCCGACUGCUCUGCAAAAUGUACGAGCAGACGGGCGGACACCCUCCCCCACCCCGACGCUCCACUGCAGGCCUAGAUCUCCUUUGCAGGGUCCCUCCGAGAGCACUACCCCUGAGCCCUACAUGUCCUGUUCACCUAGUUCACAAGGACCUGAGGUGAGAUUGAUUUAGCUAAUGAGAUUACUGCAUAUUAACUCUUACCAUUUGCUUUAACCAUAGAUUGAUGUCAUUGGAGGAUUUGCAGGGAAAGUUGUAGUUACAUGCAGGUGUUUGAUGUUGGAAUCAAACUAAACCUCUAGCUACUUCUAGAGCUACUUCUAAAUUGAAUAUACAAUUGUACUUCCUCUGAUUCACGCUAAACUUUAAUUUCUUAGGGCCACCCCCUCCAACAGCCCCCGCGACCCAGCAGCACAGGCCUCCAGGCAGGUUACAUCCCUAUCCCAGUGAUCCACGAGAGGGCCGGAGGUCACACACAACAAGCCCCUGUCAACUCCAUUCUCUACACCCAGCGCUUUCCGGCUUACUCAGAGCACCAGCCCUCCUUCCAUCACCUGCAACCAGAGGACUGGAGCGGUCAUCAUGGGUCCACGCCUUCUUCCCGGGACCGUGCCUCCCCCUCCCCGAGCAUGCUUCCCCAGCACCGCGAGACUGCCGCCAUCCAUAUCCCACCGCAUAUGAGGAGCCAGUCUCCCCUCAGAGCACAGGUCAUUACAGAGAGACCACAGGUACCUUUUUUCCCUCAUCACUUACCCUAUUGCCAAUCCAAAAACAGUAGAAUUCCUCUAUAUAAAAGUUAUAAUAUACAUAGUGGUCCUCUGUAGCUCAGCUGGUAGAGCACGGCGCUUGUAACGCCAAGGUAGUGGGUUCGAUCCCCGGGACCACCCAUACACAAAAAUGUAUGCACGCAUGACUGUAAGUCGCUUUGGAUAAAAGCGUCUGCUAAAUGGCAUAUUAUUAUUUAUUAUUACAUACAGUGGCUUGCGAAAGUAUUCACCCCCUUGGCAUUUUUCCUACUUUGUUGCCAUACAACCUGGAAUUAAAUUGCAUUUUUGGGGGGUUUGUAUCAUUUGAUUUACACAACAUGCCUACCACUUUGAAGAUGCAAAAUAUUUUUGGGGGUGAAACAAACAAGAAAUAAGACAACAACAAAAAACUUGAGCGUGCAUAACUAUUCACCCCCCCAAAGUCAAUACCUUUUGCAGCAAUUACAGCUGCAAGUCUCUUGGGGUAUGUCUCUAUAAGCUUGGCACAUCUAGCCACUGGGAUGUUUGACCAUUCUUCAAGGCAAAACUGCUCCAGCUCCUUCAAGUUGGAUGGGUUCCGCUGGUGUACAGCAAUCUUUAAGUCAUACCACAGAUUCUCAAUUGGACUGAGGUCUGGGCUUUGACUAGGCCAUUCCAAGACAUUUAAAUGUUUCCCCUUAAACCACUCGAGUGUUGCUUUAGCAGUAUGCUUAGGGUCAUUGUCCUGCUGAAAGGUGAACCUCCGUCCCAGUCUCAAAUCUCUGGAAGACUGAAACAGGUUUCCCUCAAGAAUUUCCCUGUAUUUAGCGCCAUCCAUCAUUCCUUCAAUUCUGACCAGUUUCCCAGCCCCUGCCGAUGAAAAACAUCCCCACAGCAUGAUGCUGCCACCACCAUGCUUCACUGUGGGGAUGGUGUUCUCGGGGUGAUGAGAGGUGUUGGGUUUGCGCCAGACAUAGCGUUUUCCUUGAUGGCCAAAAAGCUCAAUUUUAGUCUCAUCUGACCAGAGUACCUUCUUCCAUAUGUUUGGGGAGUCUCCCACAUGCCUUUUGGCGAACACCAAACGUGUUUGCUUAUUUUUCUUUUUUUCUGGCCACUCUUCCGUAAAGCCCAGCUCUGUGGAGUGUACGGCUUAGAGUGGUCCUAUGGACAGAUACUCCAAUCUCCGCUAUGGAGCUUUGCAGCUCCUUCAGGGUUAUCUUUGGUCUCUGUUGCCUCUGAUUAAUGCCCUCCUUGCCUGGUCCGUGAGUUUUGGUGGGCGGCCCUCUCUUGGCAAGUUUGUUGUGGUGCCAUAUUCUUUCCAUUUUUUUAAAUAAUGGACUUAAUGGUGCUCUGUGGGAUGUUAAAAGUUUCUGAUAUAAUUUUAUAACCCAACCCUGAUCUCUACUUCUCCACAACUUUGUCCCUGAUCUGUUUGGAGAGCCCUUGGUCUUCAUUGUGCCACUUGCUUGGUGGUGUCCCUUGCUUAGUGGUGUUGCAGACUCUGGGGCCUUUCAGAACAGAUGUAUAUAUACUGAGAUCAUGUGACAGAUCAUGUGACACUUAGAUUGCACACAGGUGGACUUUAUUUAACUAAUUAUGUGACUUCUGAAGGUAAUUGGUUGCACCAGAUCUUUUUUAGGGACUUCAUAGCAAAGGGGGUGAAUACAUAUACACGCACCACUUUUCCGUUAUUUUUUUUUUAGAUGUCCAUUAUAUGAAAUCCAAAUAAAAAUCUAUUUAAAUUACAGGUUGUAAUGCAACAAAAUGCCAAGGGGGAUGAAUACUUUUGCAAGGCACUGUACAUAGCCAUAAAUGCCAGAAUAGCACAUUUGACAUUAUCCCUGAUGAAUAAUUCACAGGUUGACGUUUGUCAUGAAUCUUGCCCAGGAGGCAGAACUGAGUGAUUUCCGCUAGAUAGGCCAGCUGCAACGUCAAAAUUGUCUAUAUCAUAAAAUGCCAUGAAAACUAAAAUGUGCUUUUUGGUCUUAAUUUAAGGUUAGGGUUAGCAGUGUGGUUAAGGUUAGGUUUAAAAUCAGAUUUUAUAACUUUGUAGCUAUGCUAGCUAGUGACCACUCUGCAGAGCUGCCUCCAGGUCAAGAUUCAUGACAAUACAUGCCAACCUGCGAAUAAUUCCUUCUUCCUUCCCCAGGUCCAGGUCCACCACCACCAUGUCCCACAGAUAGAUUCACCCCACAGAAUGGAGCAGGAGCAGGAGAUCGCUCAGUAUCCCCAAACAGUGCAGAGAGAGGCUGACACACAGCAGCUUCAACAGCCACAGAUGUCACAACAACCACAACAACAGCCACAGCAGCCACAACAAUACCAACAACCACAGCAGCCACAACAUCAACCACAGCAGCCACAACAGUACCAACAGCCACAACAACCAAAACAAUACCAACAACCUGAACAGUACCAACAACCACAACAACCACAACAGCCACAACAGUACCAAAAGCCAGAAAAAUACCAACAACCUGAACAGUACCAACAACCGCAGCAGUAUCAACUAUCACAACAGUCCCAACAACAACCACAACCUCCACAACAACCACAGCCACAGCUGCAACCGCAGCCGAAACAGACAGCAAACAUCACAGUCCAGAUGCCCCCGAAACCAGAAGCCCAGGAGCCAGUGGCUGCUCCUGCUCCACAGGAGGUCCCGCCCACAAAAGCAGAAAACGAGUCCGCCGCUCAGUGUCACCCAGGCUUGGCUAAAGUACAAAAGAUAGUGGAGAGAGUGGCGAAACUAGAGCAAGAGGUGAAAUGCUUUGUUGGGAAGAAGAACGAUAAGAGGUACUUGCUGCUGGAGGAGCUGUUGACCAAAGAGCUUUUGGCAUUGGACUCAGUGGACCCAGAGGGGCGUGUGGAUGUGCGACAGGUGCGACGCGAUGGAGUCCGGAGGGUCCAGACCAUACUGGAUGCACUGGAGAUACUGGAUGAGCGGCCAUCAGGGCCAGUCAGUGAGUCCUCGAUGGAGGGCGAGAGCCCGCCACAGAAAGGAGAGCAGCCCAGCAUGAUCAACCAAGUGAAUGUGGAGAUGGCCAGUGAGAUCUUAUAA